UCCGCGAACAAGAACGGGACGCCGCUACCGUCUGAUUGCUCGAAAGCUCGCUUGUUUGGUUGUUUCUUGCGUGGCGGCCAUUUUCGAAGCUUUUUUUCUGAAACCAAGCUCCCGGUCGCUCGAAGACAGCCGAGCAGCAGCACGAGCACGAAGAGGAAGCGGCGCGGCUGCAACAAAAAAACGCCGACAACAUUUCGCCGUUGCGAAACAUAACCAGCAACUCGAGCUGAGAGACUUGAGCCGGAGCCGCCGCCGACGUGCGAAAAUCUUUUUGGCGUUCAUUUCUGCCAAUUUUUUCGUGUUCCUGUGCCGUGUUUCCGAACGACCCGUGUUUUCCGAAAAUGUUAAGUGCCUGGGUGCGACGAGGAGUCGUGUAAUCAGCCGCGCGAAGUGAAAAUUCCGCGGAAAAGCGCCGCACGGAAAUAGAGGAAAAACGACAAAAGCGACGGCAAACUUGUCGCCAGCAACAAAACGACGAAAAGGAAGAGGCGACUGCAGCGGUGAGUGAGUGAAUGUGCAACUUGGUUGCAGCAACACGGGAGUGCAGCUCGGCGUGUUCAGCCGCAGUGCGCGGAGGACACAUGUUUCUCGGAUUGCGGUUCUGAUUGUCGUUCGAUAAGAUAGCACCGUUGAGUAUGUAUCAAACUUACAAAACGGAACAAAAUUUCGAAUGGCGACAGGAAGAAAACCGGCAUCAACAUUAGUUUUCCAGCACAUUGGGGGGUCGGGCGUAUGCCCGUACCCCCGACAAGUGAUCUGCUUGCUACGAUCAGCAUGUUCGAGCAGCAAAUCAAAUCCGAGCCGAUGUCCUUUUAUUCGGCAUGUCCACCACCACCACAAAUGGCCCAACAAAUGCAAGCACGGGCGGAUAAUACUACACAACAGCCUCAACCCCAACAACACUCACAACAUCAACAACAACCGCAACAGCAACAACAACAACCACAACACCAACAGCAAUCGGUUAUUGCUAUGAUCGACAAUAAAAGUAAUGUGAUACAUCCACAAAUAUUAAUCAAUAAUUCAACUGGCAUGCAAGAUUGGCGGACAAGGCUUCCAGAGAAUGACCAAACAAGCGAUGAGGCCCAACAGUCCAGUACAUCAUUGUCCACAGUAUCCGAUGGUACAAAGCAAGAUAUUCAAACAAAUUCCCAUGGAAUUCCAAUUAGUAUCUCGACUCAGCCAACUACGAACAGCACCACUAGCAGUUCAAGGAGCAAGCCGCAAGCAUGUAAAGUGUGUGGAAAGAUGUUAUCUUCUGCCAGUAGCUACUACGUUCAUAUGAAGCUACAUUCAGGGACAAAACCAUUUCAAUGCACGGUUUGUGAAGCUGCUUUUUGUCGAAAACCAUAUUUGGAAGUUCAUAUGAGAACGCACACAGGCGAACGGCCCUUCCAGUGUGAUUUAUGUCUGAAGCGAUUCAGCCAGAAAUCAUCUCUAAAUACACACAAAAGAAUACACACAGGCGAACGACCGUUCCAGUGUGACAUCUGUUUGAAGACUUUUACACAGAAGUGCGCUUUAACGUUGCAUUCACGAAUUCAUACGGGUUAUUGGAGCAUGCACAAACCGUUCCAGUGCACGCAAUGCAGUGCUGCAUUCUGUCGGAAACCAUAUCUUGAUAUCCAUAUGAGAAUUCAUACAGGCGAGAGACCAUUCGAAUGUGAUGUUUGUUUGAAAAGAUUUACGCAAAAAUCUACAUUGAAUAUACAUAAGAGAAUUCAUACGGUUCAGGAACGACCAUUCCAGUGUGAACAAUGUCCGGCAGCAUUUUCCCGAAAGCCCUAUCUUGAUAUUCAUAUGCGAACUCAUACGGGUGAGCGGCCUUUUGAAUGUGAUGUCUGUCUGAAGAGAUUCACGCAAAAGUCUUCACUAAAUAUACAUAAAACUAUACACACAGUAGGGAUUCGACCAUUUCAAUGCGCUUUAUGCCCGGCCGCGUUCUGCAGGAAGCCAUAUCUCGAUAUACAUCAGCGUACGCAUACCGGAGAGCGUCCUUUUGAAUGCGAAAUUUGUUCGAAAAGGUUCUCACAGAGGUCCACAUUAAAUAUACACAAAAGAAUUCAUACAGGUCAUAGACCUUUCCAGUGCACAACAUGCCUAAAGAGUUUCUCGCAGAAGUGCGCUUUAAAUUUGCAUAUGCUCAGUCAUACAUCCGUGCAAGGACGUCCGUUCCAGUGCGAUCAAUGUCCUGCGGCUUUCUAUCGGAAGACGUACCUCGAUAUUCAUAUGCGGAUGCAUACAGGCGAGAAGCCUUUUCAAUGUGAUAUGUGUUUAAAAAGAUUCACACAAAAAUCAACAUUAAAUAUUCACAAAAGAAUCCAUACAGGCAGGAACAGUGAAGAGUGGCCUAAUCAGACGAUUUUAUAUGAUUCUAUUCUAGGUGAACGACCCUAUGCUUGUGAUAUAUGUAAUAAAACAUUUGCUGUUAAAAGCUAUGUUACUGCACAUAGAUGGUCGCAUGUAUCUGAAAAGCCGCUUAGCUGUGAUCGAUGUUCGAUGACUUUUACAAGUAAGUCCCAGUUCGCUAUUCACAUAAGGACACAUUCAGCUGGACAGAAUUUUGAGUGCAAUGUUUGCGGUAGAACCUUCAUUCGUGAUAGUUAUUUAAUACGCCAUCAUAAUCGAGUGCAUCGGGACAAUAGGAUAACCGCGAAUAGCAUAGCCACCAUAAAUAGUGUAGCGACCGGAGAAGUAGGUGGCUCAAAUAAUACUCCAGAACCUAAUGAUGUUUACGAAUCGAGCAAUUCUCAAGUCUGUGACUUAAGGUAUGUGUCAGAUUUGCAGAUGAGCGCCUCACCGGCAGUUUCACAGAUGUCGUCCCCUGGUGUAGGAAGUGAUAGUCGACUUAUGAAUGACAGGCCUGAAUCUUUAACUAUGAACAGUCAGGAUGGGACUAGAAAUGCAAUAAGUAUGAAUGAAGCCAACGGUUUGAGUAUGAAUGAACGCUUAAUUCACGAUAGAUCUACGUUGCAAACGCGUACAAUUCAUGAACAACGUGCCAUUCAGGAGCGCGCUUUGCAGGAGCGUGCUAUUCAAGAACAACGCGUUCUACAGGAGAGGGCAAUUCAAGAGCGGGCUCUUCAAGAACGCGCCCUCCAGGAACGUGCCUUGCAAGAACGCGUCCUGCAGGAACGUGUCAUGCAAGAACGAGGCCUCCAUGCCCCGCUCGUUAUCCAGCAAGGUCAUGUUAUGCAGCAGCACGACGGUCGAUUAGAUCAAAAGGUUAUGGGCGGUACGAUCGCAAGUCCUGGUCCAGUCUGAUCUAUAUAAACCAUUCAAAAGUGUAAGCGGAAAGUUUAAAAGUAAUAAUGAGAAAAGAACACUAUUUUUAAUUGCCAUGUUUAUAUUAUUAUGAAAUGAGAAAAGCAAUUCACUAUAAUAUAAUAAUAACUGUAAUAAUAACGUAGGUUUAAAAACGAAUCAAAAUUUAGCUUUUAAUGCAUUUUUCAUAGAAACCAAGCGUAGAGUAGACUAUCAGACAAGAAAUUGAAGGGAAUGUAUUUUGGAAUUGUUCUUUCCAACAGUUUUUCACGAUUCGUUUGGCGGGACUUUGUUAUUUCAACUCCGCGCAAUUCCGGGCCACAUUACACUCUUGAAUACUCGAAAUCAUUUUUUUUUUUGCUAUUCGCUUGAAAUUCCUUCUCCAAAAUUAUUUGUUUAUAACGCGUCGAAUAAUUUCAUAUUUAUACCUUUAAUCAUUUUGUAAUCGAUUAAUUUAGUCCUUUUAAUAUUGCUAGUAAUAUUAAGUAUAAUAACGUAAUGCAUAAAUGCAGUAAGGGUAACAUCAACCGAUAUCUUCCAGAAAAACAUUUCUGAAUGAAAUAUUAUCCGCACAAAUUUCGCGUAGGAUUAUUUAGAUCUGAACGUUCUAUUUUCGCCCAGAAUGCGCACGUCUGGACUUCUACCAAGCUGACUUGUAAUGUACUGUAAUGUUAUUUGCUUCCAUCAACGCGCGACUGAGAGGACGUUCAGAUCGGAAAAUGAGUGCUGAGAAUGGACAAUUGAAUGUUAUGUGAUUGUGAGUCGCCAUAUUAUUUUAUAAUAAUUUGCAUAAUAGAAAUGCAGUAAAUUUAUUAGGAAUUUGUUAGUGUAAACGUUCGUUUUUAACAUUAUGGUUUUAAAUCGUGCGGACCUACAAUCGAAAACACAAUUUUUAUGUUAUUUUGUAAUAGAAAUCAUUAUGUAGUCAUGGUUAAGAGGAUUGAUCUGAGGACUAGCAAACCAAAUUGUAAUGAAGAUUGCCCGACGAGAAAUCUGUCCAGAAUUAUUAACAGUUUAGUGGAAAAGGAUAAGUUUUGUUUGUUCAUUUAUUUUUUGAGGUUCAUUACACUAAAAUGAAAAGAAUAUUACAUGGCGGGAAGUAUGUUUUCUAAAUUAUAUAUUCAAAAAAAGUUCUCAUGAAUUUGAACGUAUUUGGGGAAAUCGGUUUACAAUCAGACUGUUUUCCAUAAAUAUUCAUCUACACAGAUGCAUUGUCCAAAAAAGGUUAAUUUAUUGAAACCCCCAAAUAAAGCACGAUUAUUUCGUUUAGAGGGCACAUUUGCAUAAUGUCCUGCAAUAUAUAGCUGUAAGUGAAACUUACAACAUAUACAGAUGUGAAGAGACAGACGCCUUUUCUAUUUAAAUCAUUUCUAACAUAAACUUUGUGGCCUUGCACUGGACCUCUUUAAUAUUGAUGUCAUCGCAAAACAAUGUAACAAAUGAAAUAAGGGCAAAUGAUUCUUCCACCUCAUAAGUGAAUUAUUCUUACAUGCACUUGCUAGUUACACCUAACCCAUACGUCCUAACUUAAUUUAACGCUAGAAAACCAGUAAAAUUUCUAAAAAAAACGUUUCGUCCUUUGGCCUAACGAUGAAUUCAAAACUCGAUCUUUUAAGUUUAGACUUCAAAAAUGAUUUUUUGUGAUAUUUGGUGAUAAUAAUGAUAAUUUCAAAAUUUUUAUUUAUAAUUUUACAAAAUUUUAAUUCAGGAACUUGUUUGUUUGAAACAAGCGCGCUUCCGAAAAUGACGGAAAGAAAUGAAAGGUUUACAUAUUAAACGUGAAAUGAGAAUGUUUAGUUAACUGUAGCACUGUCAAAUAUAACUGAAUUGUACAAUCUGCCAUAUCCGCUAAAGAAAAAAAACAAAGGUUAAACACAGGCAUUUCAAUAAAACUGUAAACUGUAAUGAACACAAUUUUUGCUUGAAUAAGAAAGAAACCGUAAUAGCCACUCAUGAUUUUAUAGUAAGCAAUUGAUGCCGAAUCAAAAUAUAUUAUUGUAGACCCAAGCAGAAAAGAAACAGUAGGUUGAAUUGCUGUCAUAAUAUAGAUUGAACAAGAGAAUAAAUGAGAGAAAGUAACUAUAGUAAUGUAAAAUUGAAAAGAAGCAAAUAACAAUAAUGAAACACAACACGACUAAUAUUUAUAUAUUAUUAUUAUAUAUUAAUAAAAAUAGUACUGAGUAAAUUAGUAUACCGAAAUAUU